AUAAACAAAGAAAAUCAUCAAGGAGAUUGUUACAUUAAGAACUUGCAGCAGCACAUCAGUGUCAUUGUGACAAUACUUAUUUGUUAUUAUUAUUGUUUUAAGUCGUGAGAAAUACAAGGUGUUUCCUCUACACCUGAAGACGUGUUUAUCUCGGUUGACAGUGAUAGUACACAUUAACGCAAUCUAACCACAAGGGUCCCUCUCACUGGUGUCGUAACAGGAACGCCCUCACAUUGAUUAGAGUCGGUGUAUAAGUGUUGGCAUCCCGACACUAGAAGCUGCAUAGUCUCGUACAGCUUCAACAAACCGGUGGUCCCUCACAGCACUCCUGAAGCCCACCACAGUACACUUGCAAAUACACUCGAUCCAGAGUCUUCUUGAGCAGGAGUCGGUGUUGGUGGGGAAGUCCACAAGUAGUCAAGAGUCUGUUGAUCCUCAUCAUCAACACAAUUGGUCCAAGAUGCUCAAGCUCAUUUUUCUUAUUUCUUUAGCGGUGGUGAGCACCGCCGGGAUGCUCUAUGCAGACUCCUGUACACCAGACUGUACUGGGAAAAAUGCUGGUGACAAGGUAGCAGAUCCCUUAAGCUGCUCGAACUAUUACAUCUGUUUAUGGGAUGAUACGCCAUCAGACCAUCCUUUCCCCUGCGACGCUGGCAUGAUCUUUGGUCCUGAUGGUAACUGUGUCUCGGGAACUGAUUGUACACCUUCAUGUGAGGUAUCAGUCUGCCCCAUCACCUGCAACAGCACCUACAGUAUGAUCAGUGAUCCAUUCGACUGCAGUACUUACUAUAUUUGUCUCCCUAGCGAUAUUCCAGCCCUCACCUGUCCCUCUGAUACCCCUUAUUUUAACGGAGAGACCUGCGUCAAGGACAUAGGAGUAUGUUGCCAAGUUUCGUGUACUCCGUACUGCGGUCCGGGGAUCGUGGAGGCCCCCGACCCCUUGGAUUGUAGCAGGUACUACCUCUGCCUUGAAGAAGGAGUACCCAACCCAGGCUACCACUACCAGUGUAAUUCUGGAGAAAACUUCAGUCUCCAAGCUGGCCGUUGUGUAGCAGGUGCUCCCUGUAAGACUUUGUGCAACUAAGCUACAGCAGACCAUGCACACUAACUUCAGUACUUGCAACAGAACAUGCAACACUAGACAUAACAUAAUUCAGUGGUUACAAAACAAGAUACAACACAGAGUAAUGACUACAAUAUAACAUAAAACAUAACCCAAACAUGCGCACAAGCAUGCGCACAAGCAUGCGCACACAUACAUGCAUACAUACACACACACAUAUGCAAAAUAACAAACAUGAUUAUCUUGCAUAUUGUGAUAUCUGUUCACUGUGAUAUUAUUGCAGACACAUACAUACAUACUCUAACAAGCAUACGUGCACGGAUACACACACACACACACACAUUAGCAGCAGCAGCAGCAGCAGCAGCAGCAGCAGCAGCAGCAGCAGCAGCAGCAGCAGCAGCAGCAGCAGCAGCAGCAGCAGCAGCAGCAGCAGCAGCAGCAGCAACAACAACAAUGGUUGCAGAAUACAGCAACAACAACAACAAUAUUAGUAGCGGCAACAAUACCUGGAGUAUACCUGGAGAGGGUUUCGGGGGUCAUUGCCCCCGCGGCACGGUCCAUGAUCAGACUUCAUGGUGGAUCAGGGUCUGAUCAAUCAGGAUGUUACUGCUGGUCGCACGUAAACCGAUGUAUGAACCACAGCCCGGCUGGUCAGGUACUGACUUUAGAUGCCUGUCCAGCUCCUUCUUGAAGACAGUCAGGGAUCUAUUGGUAAUCUUCCUUAUGUAUGCUGGGAGGCAGUCGAGCAGUCUUGGGUCCCUGGCACUUAUGCGUUGUCUCUUAGUGUACUCGUGGCACCCUUACUUUUCAUUGGUCAGCAAUGAAAGGCAAGGGUGCCUCCAGGUCAGCAACUUCGGGUGCCUUGAAGAGAGAAGUUAGUGUACAGCAGUAUUCCAACCUGAAGAGAACAAGCGAUUUCAAAAUAAUUAUCAUGGGCUUAGCGUCCCUAGUUUUGAAGGUUCUCAUUAUCCAUCCUAUCAUUUUCUAGCAGAUGAGAUAGAUACAUUGUUGUGGUCCUUGAAUAUAUGAUUUAUUUCAUAAUAUCCUGCACAGUAGUGUCACACCACCAAUGUUAUAUACCCAGGCAAAGAAAAUUCUUCCGCACCCAUCUAUCUAACCAGUAGCUACAACCACCACCCAUCUGUCUAACCAGUAGCUACAACCACCAUCCAUCUGUCUAACCAGUAGCUACAACCACCACCCAUCUGUCUAACCAGUAGCUACAACCACCACCCAUCUGUCUAACCAGUAGCUACAACCACCACCCAUCUGUCUAACCAGUAGCUACAACUACAACCCAUCUGUCUAACCAGUAGCUACAACCACCACCCAUCUGUCUAACCAGUAGCUACAACCACCAGCCAUCUGUCUAACCAGUAGCUACAACCACAACCCAUCUGUCUAACCAGUAGCUACAACCACAACCCAUCUAUCUAACCAGUAGCUACAACCACCACCCAUCUGUCUAACCAGUAACUACAACCACAACCCAUCUAUCUAACCAGUAGCUACAACCACCAUCCAUCUGUCUAACCAGUAGCUACAACCACCAUCCAUCUGUCUAACCAGUAGCUACAACCACAACUCAUCUAUCUAACCAGUAGCUACAACCACCACCCAUCUGUCUAACCAGUAGCUACAACCACCACCCAACUGUCUAACCAGUAGCUACAACCACAACCCAUCUGUCUAACCAGUAGCUGCAACCACAACCCAUCUAUCUAACCAGUAGCUACAACCACCAUCCAUCUGUCUAACCAGUAGCUACAACCACCAUCCAUCUGUCAAACCAGUAGCUACAACCACAAACCAUCUAUCUAACCAGCAGCUACAACCACCACCCAUCUGUCUAACCAGUAACUACAACCACAACCCAUCUAUCUAACCAGUAGCUACAACCACCAUCCAUCUGUCUAACCAGUAACUACAACCACAACCCAUCUAUCUAACCAGUAGCUACAACCACCAUCCAUCUGUCUAACCAGUAGCUACAACCACAACCCAUCUAUCUAACCAGUAGCUACAACCACCACCCAUCUGUCUAACCAGUAGCUACAACCACCACCCAUCUGUCUAACCAGUAACUACAACCACAACCCAUCUAUCUAACCAGUAGCUACAACCACCACCCAUCUGUCUAACCAGUAGCUACAACCACCACCCAUCUGUCUAACCAGUAACUACAACCACAACCCAUCUAUCUAACCAGUAGCUACAACCACCACCCAUCUGUCUAACCAGUAGCUACAACCACCACCCAUCUGUCUAGCCAGUAGCUACAGCCACCACCCAUCUGUCUAACCAGUAGCUACAACGACCACCCAUCUGUCUAACCAGUAGCUACAGCCACCACCCAUCUGUCUAGCCAGUAGCUACAGCCACCACCCAUCUGUCUAACCAGUAGCUACAACCACCAUCCAUCUGUCUAACCAGUAGCUACAACCACCACCCAACUGUCUAACCAGUAGCUACAACCACCACCCAUCUGUCUAACCAGUAGCUACAGCCACCACCCAUCUGUCUAACCAGUAGCUACAACCACCAUCCAUCUGUCUAAUCAGUAGCUACAACCAUCACCCAACUGUCUAACCAGUAGCUACAACCACUACCCAUCUGUCUAACCAGUAGCUACAACCACCACCCAUCUGUAUAACCAGUAGCUACAGCCACCACCCAUCUGUCUAACCAGUAGCUACAGCCACCACCCAUCUGUCUAACCAGUAGCUACAACCACCACCCAUGUCUAACCAGUAGCUACAACCACCACCCAUCUGUCUAACCAGUAGCUACAACCACCACCCAUCUGUCUAACCAGUAGCUACAGCCACCACCCAUCUGUCUAACCAGUAGCUACAGCCACCACCCAUCUGUCUAACCAGCAGCUACAACCACCACCCAUCUAUCUAACCAGCAGCUACAACCACCACCCAUCUGCCUAACCAGUAGCUACAACCACCACCCGUCUGUCUAACCAGCAGCUACAACCACCACCCAUCUGUCUAACCAGCAGCUACAACCACCACCCAUCUGUCUAACCAGCAGCUACAACCACUACCCAUGCCUGGAGUCUACCUUCCUAGAGAGUGUUCCUAGGGCUCAACUGAGUAUCCUAGUCCAUGACCAGUCUUCCUGGUGGAUUAGGGCUUGAUCGACUAGGCCUGCUGGUGGAUCAGGGCUUGACCAGCCAGACUGCUGAGGGCAGCACGCAAUCCAACGUAUGAACCAUAUUCCUGAUGGUCAGGAGCUGACUUUAGUUACCUAUGGAAAUCUAAAGAAUAAAUCGUCGUCGUCCCCUUUCACUUAUUGAGUUUUUUCUGUCUGGCAUCACUUCUUGAGACCGAAGAAUGUUGCACCGUCCGAAGAGCCUUUUGCUUUCGCGGGGGUGAUUUUUGUGUGCAGAGUUGGCACCAGUCAAACCAGGGUUUUCCAUGUGUAAAUUAUGUUGAUGCGUCUGCGUUCCAGGAAGUACAGGACAGAGAACUUUUAAAGUUUCCAGCAAUUAAGAAGAUUGUCUGAACCUAUUCGUGCAGUUAAGGUCUCCUUGCAUUCUCUGGAUCUGCAGUUUCGCUAACCUUAAAAGGAGCUUUUAGUAUUCUGGCCAAGAAAGAAUAAAUGAUUUAAAGAGAAUCAUCAUUGGCCUGACAUCUCUUAAUUUAAAGGUUCUCAUUACCCAUCCAGUCAUUUUCCCCGAGCUUGUGAUAAUGACACUGUUGUGAUCCUUGAAGGUGAGAUCCUCUGAAAUUAUAACUCCUAAGUCCUUUACAUUAGUUUUUGGCUCGAAUGAGUUACUAGUAUGUGUUUUAUACUACGUUGUAGCUUAUAUUUCCUCAAGUUUUCCAUACCGGAGUUACUGAAAUUUGUUCAUAUUGAAUAUCACAUUGUUUUCUGUUGUUCGUUGGAAGACUGAAUAUAUACAGUCCUUUCAGUAGAUCACACACACACACACACACACACACACACACACACACACACACACACACACACACAUACAUGCAAAUUCAAAUAUCGUCAGUACUGGGUUAUAUGGGGCAAUGAUUUACAUCACUAUGUCAGAUAUGAGGAUGAGGAAAAGAAUGAGGAACGAGUACUGGUCUACAACCACCACUCGUAAGUCUAACCAGUAGUUACAACCCCCCUUCUCAUAUGUCUAAUAAGAAGCUACAACCACAACCUGUCUUACUAGUAGUUACAACCACCAUUUAUUUGUCUAUCUAACCAGCAGCUAGAACCACUACUCAGCUGUCUAACCAGUAGACAGAACUACCACCCUUAUCUCUAACCAGUAGAUACAACCAUCACCCAUCUGUCUAACCAGUAGCUACAGCUACCACCCAUCUGUCUAACCAGUAGAUAAAGCCUUCACCCAUCUGUCUAACCAGUAGCUACAACUACCAUCCAUUUGUCUAACCAGUAGAUCCAAUCAUCACCCAUCUGUCUAAGCAAUGCGUAAAACGCAUUAGAGGAUAAAUAAAAAGGAAAGCGUGAGAUAAGUAUCAGAGAACGCACGAUAAACAGUACCUAGGAACACAUGAUAAUAAGUAGAAAGGAAGGCAUAAGAUUAUGUCUGAAGGAACGCAUCAGAAUUAUUAGGAAAACACGAACGUCGGCCAUCUUGGGAAAUCUUCAUUUUUGACCCUAGCCGGAAUUCUUAAAGACUUCAAUAUAGAACUCAUUGAACAUCAGGUUAGCUUCACAAAAAAAAAAAUCAGUUUUCAUUUUUUUUUUCACGUUGGUUCCACUGCUCCUUUGCAACAGGAUUAAGCGUCAAUUACCUUCACGUAAACUCAAGUUUACUUGAUUAUUCUCCUCCGCCGGAUCUCAAACAUCUUUUAAACAAAAUAUUAAAUCAUCGUUUAAAGCUAGUACUUUUUUACGCUUGUUGGUGUGACGAACUAAAAACUCUUGUAUUGUUGUUGGCCAACAUCUUCCUUAACCCAUAAAUGUUUCUUUAUCACAUGUAACAAUAUUAUAUAAACAAAGAAAAUCAUCAAGAAGAUUGUUACACUAAGAACUUAUUUGUUAAUAUUAUUGUUGUAAGUUGUGAGAAAUACAAACUGUUUCCUCUACACCUGAA